UAUUUUCGAAAAGACUUGCCGAUUAGGCCUUUGACGUUUUUUUUUCAAGAUUCAUCUACCAUUACAGGAUUUUAAAAUAUAGAUUAUUACAAUGUGCAGUAAAACACCAGUACAGAAAACAUUAUAUUGUCAACUAUUUACGGGAGAGGUUUUGUUCUGUAAUACUUUUAGGGCAAGGGAAAUUCUUGAUACCAUAAACUGCGAUCAUAGUACUCGGAACAUUUCUACUGUCACUCAGCGCUGGUGCCACAGCAGGCUUCUCCGCUGUUCUCAUUCCUCAGCUGCAACAUGACAAGGGGCAUAAAAAAUAUUCAACAGAGAUGGUGUCAUGGGUAGCUGCGAUAUCAUCACUCGCUUUAUUGUUCGGGAACAUGAUUUCUGGAUAUCUGAUGGAUAGGUUUGGUAGAAGAUUAUCGCAAAUGUUGCUAUCCUUGUUUUAUAUCGGAGGAUGGGUGACGAUAGCAUUUGCUAAUAGUAUACAUCUUAUCCUGUUCGGAAGAUUCAUAACAGGUUUUUGUCAAGGCUGGCUCGGACCCCUUGGCCCCGUAUUUGUGGGAGAAAUAAGUACGCCAGCGUAUAGAGGAUUGUUUCUAGCUAGUUUAUCCUUAAGUAUUGCUUCUGGUGUUUUUAUGUCACAUUUGUUUGGAACAUUUUUACACUGGACUCAUUCAGCACUACUCUGUGGCACCUUCCCAUUAGUAGGCUGUAUAAUUUUGUAUUACGCACCCGAAUCUCCCGCUUGGCUAGCAUCAAAUAAUGAAAUAGACAAAUGUAUUAAGUCAUUCCAAUGGUACAGGGGAACAAGUCCCGCGAUGAAAACGGAAUUAGAUAAAAUGAUAUUGGAACAAACGAAGAAAGUUGAUAAGAAGAGAAAGAUUGAAACGCUGACCACGAAUUUAAGAAAACCAGAAUUUUGGAAACCUUUAUGUAUUAUGUUAAUUUUCUUUGCGAUAACACAACUCUCUGGGAUAAAUGUAUUUUGUGCGUAUACAACAGAAAUAAUGGAGGUUUUGUUAGGAAGCAAAUCUAACACUUAUGCCGCUAUGCUGGGUAUUGAUAUUUUGCGUUGCGUAGCUCUGGUCACGGCUUGCAUCAUGCUAAGACGAAUGGGUCGUCGACCUAUUGCGAUAUUCAGUGGUACUUUUACAUCGUUGUCUCUAAUCAUUUUAUCAAUAUAUUUAUACUUAGUGGAAAUACGAGUAAUAAGGCACGUGAAACCUUUGAUAUCUCUAGGGUUAACGGCGACGUACAUUGUUGUAUCAAACAUCGGUAUAGCUCCUUUGCCGUGGAAUAUGGUUGGAGAAGUAUUUGCGACGGAUACAAAGGGAAUAGGAUCUGGAUUAAGUGUUAUGAUGACUUCAAUAUCAUUCUUUGGAACAGUGAAAACAGCGCCAGCAAUGUUCGAAAGUAUAGGCCACCACGGUACGUAUUUAUUUUACGGAAUGUCAACCUUAGUGGGAACCAUAUUUCUGUUCUUCUGCCUUCCUGAAACAAGAGGAAAAACCUUGUUGCAAAUAGAAGAACGCUUCAGAGCUGAAAAAAAAGAGAAGUUAAAAGCAGCAAUUGAUGUAACAUCUGUCUAAUGUGAGGUCAACGUUAUUAUGUCAGCUUGAUAAGAUAAUUUAUCCCAAGUUCAGCACGACAUUUAAAGUCUGCUUAGGAAGUAAUGAUAUUACACGAUGUUACAUCAUUUUGUUUGAUAAGAUAAUGGAAUUUGUCCUAAAAGAAAAACAAAAUAUUAGUAAAUAUAGCCGAGAAGUUGCUAAUAACCAAUAUCUGUGUUCAAAUAAUAGCCUAAUUAUAUUCAAUACGAAAAUAUACAACGGAAAAAUCUAUAAUAGAAAUAUUUAAAAUAAUUUGCCGUUACUUUAAGCUAGAUUAAAUUAAGUCGACAUUAAACUAUUUUAUAAAGUUAAUACCGCUUAGUGUUUAGAUAAAGUAAUCUUAUUAAAAAAAUUAUUAAACACUUGUAAACAUUGUAAGCAGUAAGGACUAGUUCCGGCCAUGUGGAACUAAGGGGUCUUGGUGCACCCUGCGUAGUAAAAACAGCAAGUCUAUUUCAUGGUCCGUUGAGACCGGACAAGUGGCACGCGUCUACGCCACUAAAUUGCAAUCACCUUCCUGUUGUGACACGUGGAUACGACACAACAUGUCUCGGGAUGUUCAACCAAACAUCUGCGAAGUUAGAGGUUCCCACGUUGAAAUGCGACGAUUUUUUGUCUCGUAGAUUAACAAAAAACAACCAGGAAAACAUCUGGAGAGUGAAUAUGGUUAUUUCUGGAGUGACUUUCGAAGUGUUUAUGAAGUUAAGAGAAAGGAAGUUAUUAAUUCCGCAUAUGAAUGUGUGAUCGAUAUCAAACUUAAUGCCAUUUUAAAUAUAGUCUAUGUAUGCAAAUUAAUUGAUCUCUAAUAGUAAAUAAUAGGUAUAAUUA